AGAGAAUAGCCUGGUAACUGAGUGCGCGUGUUUGAUGGCGUCCCUGGCAGCACUCAGCUGUUGUUGACUCAAAACAACUCUAUUUUAUACACAUUCUUCUACGCCAGUCGCUGUAAAAAUGCCUCAGAAAGCUUUCACCUGCAACGUAGAACUAGAUCUCUACACGGUAACAUGUCCUGGAACUCUACACCUGACGGACCGAAACAUGGUCUUUCUGAACGUCAAACUGUUUGGUCAAACCAAUAGGACAAAGUCGGUGUUCGCUUCUUUUCCAAUGAACUUCAAUGAGCGUUUCGCCGUUGAACAAACGUUCACAUCGGUGUCUGAACCGUCGCAAGUAGUAGAGUUACUAGAUGAACAACUUGUGGUAUUAGAAUUACGGCAAUACUCAGAGCAUCAUAGAGGAGGCAAGCUUCUUGGACGGUAUAAACAGACAACCAAAGAAUUCUUGUACCCUACCCCUACCCUGACAGGCAAGGGUGGUAUCGAGAGAGAUCUACUUUUGAGUAGGACUGUCAACUUCAAUGGUAUUGAUCCAAAGUUAGAAUUCUCUUCAAGAACCACUGUACAAGAAGUCACUGUGCGAGGGAUAUCGUAUCAAGCAAGUAAUGAAUAUGCUUCAGAAGACUCAGAGGAGUCUAAUUCUGAAGAGUCAGAAACAGAGGAAGAAGUUGUCAUCCACCCAAACAUUUUUAGCCCACCCUUCAACGAAGUUCACUGUGUGUGUGAGUGUCCGAGACGACCAGAAAAUAAAGGAAUGGUUGUUAAGAGGUCCAGGUCAUUGUCACCUAACCGAUCUAGGCCACGAUCUGCUUCCCCAACUAGACAACCACCCUUCAGGGCUGGUAAAGCUGAUGAGGGUAUAAUAUCAAAAAGAGAAUUUCAUCGUUCGAAGAAAUCUAGACUGAGACCUCUACCUGCAGAAGGAGAUCCAAUGCCUUGCCCUGACUGUAAGACUCCCCACAAAGACUGCAUAGUUUGUCAAGCCUACUACAAAGUGUUUGGAAGGGACUUCCUGAAGCACAGAUUUACUUUGGGUAAACACAGACGAACCACAUCUGUUCCAACUUACUCCUCUGCAGCUUCUGAACCACCGAUACUUAGGUCUCGGCAAUAUUUUGAACGAGAUACUGGCCCAGCAUAUCAUGAGAGAGCAUACAGUGCACCUAUACCAAGAACAAGAUUACGGUUCUCAUCGACACCCAAAGUUAUAAAUGAUUCAUUUAGAGCAGUACCCCCUCCAGAUGAAAUUCAUGAACGGGUGGAGAGAAUUAUUCGUAGACACUCACCAAAACCUGCAUACAGAUCUUACAUUGAGAUGUCUGACUCAGAUGAUGAUAGUUUGUUAUCUUUACAAGAACUCAGGAGUGAAAUUGAUUCUGCAAGAAUGGAGUCUCUAGACAGAUCAUUUGAAGAUCCUGACCACCCAACACUUGGAACUAGACUUGAUCGAAGCCUACAGCGAUACUGAAAGUACUUGUCAUUUCUUUUCAUAUAAGUGUGACGGUACCAUUGUCUAGAGGAAACUACUGGUCUAACCAAAAGGCUUUAUACACAGGCCGUACCCACCGUGAUGUGUUCAAUGAGUCUAUAAGUUCUGUCUAUGAAGACUUGUAUGAUAAUGCGGUUUAGUCAUUCAGA